UCAGUGUAUGACCAGAAAUUAACAUAGAGAAGUGAAAGUACUAUAUUGGUAGAUUGAUUUCAGCCUGUGGUGUUUUUAUUAACCCUGUUAUCAAUGAAAAAAUAACUCCAACCAGAAGAAAACCUUGUCUGAGUCAAGUACAACACUUUCUGACGCAACUCUCAAGAUACCAACAAAUACUGGGAGUACUUGGGCAAAGUCCCCAAAAUCAUACCAAAGUUAUUAUGUAACUGUUGGCUGUAACUUAAAAGAUCGUAAAUUUAUGCCAAAAGUAUCCAAGUAUGGGGUUUUAUAUCUCUAAAGGAAAUAAUACAUCUCUUGAUUGACCCGCAGACAGACUGCCGGAUGUUUUUAGGUGAGGGAGGCAAAAAUAGCUCUGACAUGGUCUGGCUGAGACCAAGCCCCUCUCCGCUUGGCUCUGUCAAUCACAGGCCCCAAACAAGAUGGCAGGCUGCAGGAGCUGGCUCUUCUUUAUCACAGGCAAGUUUGUUCCUUUAAUGCCUUCAUUUUCAUACAGCUGAACAACAAAGGGAAGCAUGUUGUAGUUUGUUUCACAGGGUUUUACACUUUGAUCCCAACUGCAGCGAUAAGGAUUAUGUCUAGCCCAACUUUGACUCCAACUGUGUUGCCACACUUAGAUGUCAAGUUUAAGCUUUUCUUGGCCAGUUUAAUCAUUCAGAUUCAUCUUUUGAUGGUAGUGUUUCAAACGUCUCCACAGUUUGUUCUGUCGGUUUGCUUGGGGCCAACGCAGAGAUCAAAUUGACCAUUCCUGUGGGGAGGUUAUUUACAUACGAGCUGCUGAGAGAGACUUUCCAGAAUGACUUUGAACCUUUGUCGAAACUCUACGGUGAGAGUCCACGUGAAAUACUUAUGUCAUUGUUGUAGCAAAAUCACAGUUUCUAGAUUUCAUUCUGUCGUGUGUCUAUUCCUGUCUGUCGGUGUCAUGUGAUUCUAAAGCCGGACGCUUGUACGAUGACCCCAUGAUUUUUAAGUGCAACAAGCAGAGUUUCCCAGACCUCCCAGAGUGGCUGCGCUUCACCCAAAGGCAUCCCUAUGAUAACGGCUUCCUGUACGGCACGCCAACAACCCCAGGAAAAACCACAGUUGAGGUAUAAGUUAUCAUUUACAGCAUGCACUUUCCACCCAAGCACUUAAAUUCUAUAUAUUCCUUCAUUUUCCCGUCUCUGUAGACGGUGAGGCUCACACAUGAAAGAUCCUCGAGAUAUGUAUCUUUAAAAAACACGCAGCUGUCUGACACAUUGGUGGUAAAUGUCAGGGUUUGUUGUCAAACCCUCAGAGACAAAAGCUUCGGGUUUCUCUCUGGAGCUACUAUUUUGAACCGGUAUUAAAUAUUCAGGGAGACGCAAGUCUUUGAAGAAGAAGAGAGGGAGAGUGUUGAGAUGGCUUUUAAGUCUCAAUCAAACUGAAAGUAGCUUGAAUUUGGAUGUAAAAACAGAGUAAAGCUGAUUCAAAACACCUCAUAUAGGCCUACUAAAAAAUACUGCCUCUCCUUAAAGCUGAGGUUAAUCGUUUUUCAGUUUUGGUACAAAUGCUGAAUUAACUUUUUCCAGUAAAAAGUAGACCAUUGGUCCGAACUCUUACUUUGUUAAGACAAAGAAUUAAGCAAUAAUGACAUAAGGAAAUGUUAUCUUAAAUUUAUACCAGCAACAUGAAUAAAAAUAUCACAGAACUACUAAGGUUAACUUGUGACAGGUUAGUAACAUAACUGGGUAUAAAAAGGACACUCUGUCAGAAGUAAAACGGGAGGAGGGUCACCUACCUCAAAAUCUUUGGGGAUUUCAUAGACAGGACAUUACAUAAUUCACUAAGGGGAAAAUGAAGCCAAUCCACAAGCAGUGAUUUUUUCGCAGCCUUCAGGCUCAACUUGACAUCAAAAACAGGCAUGACUCUGUCGUGGAAAUUGAUGCUUGGGUUUAAAAUUCCCUCCAAAAACCACAGUUGGUGCACACAGUUUGCUGCUGCACCCACAAAUGCAAAGAAGACUCCACUUCUGGCAUAUUCAAGCAAAAUUUGACAUUCCUUUAGGAAGUCAUGGACGCCUUGCCCUCCGCUUCGAUAGGGACCACCUGGCUUGUUAUCAGCAAAUUGUUUUGUGAGCCAGCAUCAGCGAUAGUAUAAGGAUGUAAAAGCGCUCACAGCAUGGGUAGAUCACACAUCUGGAAAGGCAUCAUUAGUGGUGAACUGAACAGAUUUUGGAGCGGCAUGUGCUGCCAAACAAAAAUCCACUCUGAAGGUGACUAGAACAGGUGCUUGACCCAGUUUUUGUCGAAAAAAUAUCACGUUUAAGAAAAAUUUGCUGUGAGUCUAAACCAUUCACGCUAAGCUCAAAAGUUAAUUUUAAACUAAAAGACAAAACUGUGAUUAGAAUUGCUCAGUUCUUCUCUUUAUAAGUACACUGCCUUAUGGGAAAUGUAGGAAACUAACGUAGAAGUGACUAACUCAUAGUAAAAGUACACAUUAGCACAAGAAUAUUUCAGGUUAACUUGAUAUUUAUAUGAUUUCUUUGCAUGUUUUUCCUUACAGGUCUACGCAGUUAACAAACGGAGCUAUGAAACUACCAGACAGAUUUUUGUAAUCAAAGCAGUCGCAGGUAUGUGUGAUUUAAGAGACGUCAGUGAUGGUGUGAGAGUGAAUUAUAAUGUGGGUAACUCAUCAACAUAUCUCUGCUCUUUCACAGAGACGAUGCUCCCCUACCAGGCUGAGUUCUUCAUCAAGCUGAGGGAGAUUGAGAAGGUGCUGCCCUCUACUGUUCAGGGGGAGAUAAAGCAGGAUCUCCAGAAGCUGUGGGACACUGAAGCCUUGGAAAUAGUCAACAUUUCAAACGCUCUGGACCGCGGCGGUAGAGUCCCCCUCCCUCUGGCGGGCCACUUUGAAGGGUAGGCAGAGAGAGAGAUCUGUGCAGCCUGGCUUCAGGUUUGAGUCUGAAUAACUGUGAGGUUUAAAAAAAUAUGAUUGUGUCAGUGUGUAUGUGAAGGUGGGCUCGGAGCAGCAUUUCUCAGACUGUCUCCUCAAGACGCUCACAGUCGAGCAUGAGAGGCAGUGCACGGCGGGAGCCAAAGUCAAAAUCCCCGGAGGAUGUAACUUCUGCAGCAUCCCCAGCAACUGCAUCAGCUGGUGCAAGACCGAGCUGGUGAGGCACAAAUGAAGCAUGAACGAAAAUGCAUGACACAUCCACAGAAGCAGUGCGGUGUUUUCUGAAGAUUUAUUUUUUGAGAUUUAUGUGCACAAGCUGUCAUCUUUAAACAUCAGGCUUAGAGUUGGAUGGACCAGACAAGGGUAGGAGGGGAAAUUUGGGCAUUUAUAUGGUUAUGUAGGAUAGGAUGUAAGUAUUCCCACAAGAUUAUACAAAAUGUAGCUUUCUUUUUGUUUCUUGUGAAGUAGUUUUACAUCCUCAGGGACCUGAAUAUACUGGAAGUCUGCAGUAUAAAAUUCAAGUCUCUCCACACAUUCCUCAUAUGCAAACAUCACUAGUGUUUCCAAAGAAAAAAAAGCAAAAACAGAGAAAAAAAAUGCUCGUAUUUAUCCGUAAGUCAAUCUAUGGAUAUCUGAUUUAAUCUGUGAAUCCACUGAAAGCAGGGUAACACUUCUGUCCCUAGUGGCCGUGUGCCUGACAGAACAAUAACUGUGAUUUUUCUCCCUUCUGCAGUUUGAUCUGACAAAAGAGGAGCCGACUCCACCUGCUCCCACUGUAGGCUCGGGGAUUAUAGAGGUUGAAGUCGACUUCAACCCUCCAGAGUCUCCCCCGAGCAGAGACUACUUCCCAGACUACAUCGUGACAGUGAUCGUGCCCCUGGUGCUUGCCCUCAUCCUGGCCCUGGUGCUGGCCUACAUCAUGUUUUGCAGACGGGAGGGAGUGUAUGAAUCUGUUUUACAUCUAUUGAAUAAUAAUCUGAGCCACAAUGUCAAAUGUCGAUGCCGAGCUACAAAAUGUUUUCCUGUUUAAUGCUUGUGGGAAUUUGGUGUUAAGCAGCUGACUUUGUGAACCGAACCUUUGAGCAAAUUUAGGCUUCAGAUUGAUCCUGAUCAACAGUGGCAGCAAUGUGAAACACUACUCUCUUUCUUCUAUUACAGUGCGAAGAGAGAUGCAAGAACAGAUCAGUAAGUACUUAGAGUUGCUCUCUUCAAGUCUAUUGUUACAUGAAUUGAUUAUUUUUAACACCAUAUUAGUACUUUAAUCAGUGGUGAAAGUAGCUUUAGUUCAGGUUCUGCACCCUACAAAAGCCCGAUUUUAAUGUGAUGUAGUUCUGCACAGUUUCAGCAUUUUCAGGCCUUACAGGGAUAUUCAGGUGUAAAAUUAAUCUAGGGUCAAACACACCAUAACACCAAAUCACUCAAUGUUACAGUGUGUUUGACCCUAAAUUUAUUUUACGCUGGAAUAUCCCUUUAAAAACAAUUACAGAUACGUUAACAGCUGAUAGUCUAGUUUGCUUUUAAAGGUCAUAAAGAGGCAUCAGUAUCAGUUAUGUGUUUCUAAACCAGUGGAAAACUCCACAAAGUGCCUUCCUCUUUCACUUGAAUUUUUUUGUAAACCGAGCAGCUACCUAAGAUUUAGCUGCCCCUCCUCCACAUAACCAUAGUACCUACAUGCAGGAAAUAACACCAGCAGAGGGAGAGGAGCUAAGCACAGACUGAGUGUGAUCUGUGAUCAUUUACACCUCAACAGUCACAUUUCAAUUUCAUUCUCAAUAUCUCAUCUCUACUCUCAAAGUGCAAGAUGAAAAAAUAUCUUCCUUCUCUGAGUUUCCCUUCCAUACACUUUAAAUAAAAUGCAAUGACCUAGAUAUAUAUUACAAAAGUUUACAAAAUUAUCUGUUUUGUCAGGAUCCAGCUGUACCACCACCACACCAUUCAUGGAAACACAGACGAGCUGAGGACCAUGGCAGGGAGCCGUGGCGCAUCUCCACCUCUGUCCACACUGCCUAUGUUUAACUACAGGACCGGGGAGGGAGCACCACCUCUGCAGUCUGACAGUCCCAACAUCCCCCUCAUCAUGGCUCAGCAGUAAGUACAUCACCUGCUCAUUAAUUAAUUCACAGAUCUACUAUCACUCCCAUCAGCUGCAUUCGUCAUCCUGAUUCUAUUAUUAUCAUCAGGGUUAUGUAACUGAGAUCAAUGACUCACUUUUCAGUCAAACUAAUCCUAAAAAUAAACUUCACUUGUUUGUGUUCAUAGUGAUCCUUACAGUGACACUCUGCCCAGGUAAACCCACUCCUUCACAACACUGAAUUUAUUAUUGUCUGUGCUCAGGUGUCUUUUUUUUACUUGACUUUUACUGCUGAUUACGAAACAAGAACUCAUCUUUUUGGUUGUUCUUGCAGGAAAUGAGAACGGUGAUGGAUUAUGUGUCAAUAAUGAAGUCGUGUGCUGUCACAGUAUGUUGUAUAUCUGCAGUGGAAACUCACAUGUGUAUUGUUUUGCUCCCUAAAGUGCCGUUACAAUCAACUGAAAGUGUGUGGCUUGUUAUAUAGUUCUUUGCUGUUUAAUUCUCACUAUAUUUCAUUACCAAUAAAUUAUAUAAAAAGCCAAA